CCACGGCCCUCUAGGAAACUUCCGGUCGUCCCGCGGCCUUCGUCCAAUCAGCGCUGUACGGGGCUCUGAAGCCUCUGGCGCCAUCUUGACUGAGGGCACGGUUCUCUGAGCCGGGUAGGCUCGCCCAAGGGGCAGCUUCGGACCAAGUGAUGAUUAUAAGUUAAGUCUGGGCCCCAAAUCUCGGUAACGACGAGUCUUAUUUUCCAGAAUCUCACACACAGGUCAGAACUACACGUCCCGGCGUGUGUCGAUGCAGCUUCCGGCGCCGUCUUUUUCCCAGCAUGCCUUGUUUACUUCCGGGUUCGUUGAUACACAGGGUAGAACGUGAAGAGGUUGGGGUUUGGCUUGGAGGACUUGGGCGGGUGGUCUUCUCGCUCUCUGGGUCCUAGGGAGUGGCUGUUCCGGACGAGGACAGGCCGCGGUGCCUGGACGAGCCGCCGGUAGAAAGUGCUGCCCUUCGGCAGGGCCAGAAAGGGGAGCUCAGGCGCCCUCCAGCGCGACACCCAGCGAGCCCGCCCGGGAGGCUUUCACCUUCACCAUGGCUGAGCUGAUCCAAAAGAAGCUGCAGGGAGAAGUGGAGAAAUACCAACAGCUGCAGAAGGACUUGAGUAAGUCCAUGUCCGGGAGGCAGAAGCUUGAGGCACAGCUAACGGAAAAUAAUAUCGUGAAGGAGGAACUGGCCUUGCUGGAUGGCUCCAACGUGGUGUUUAAGCUUCUGGGACCGGUACUUGUCAGGCAGGAGCUGGGAGAGGCUCGGGCCACGGUGGGGAAGAGGCUGGACUAUAUCACAGCGGAAAUCAAGCGCUAUGAAUCGCAGCUUCGGGACCUUGAGCGGCAGUCAGAGCAACAGAGGGAAACCCUUGCUCAGCUGCAGCAGGAGUUCCAGCGGGCCCAGGCAGCAAAGGCAGGGGCUCCUGGGAAGGCCUGACCCCAUGGGAGGGGGAGGGGAGGGGAGGGAGGGAUGAGGCUAACCCUGAGCCAAUAAAAUGUAUACA